AUGUCCACCCAAGACACUGAGGGGCUGUUGCUCCGCGCCGUGGUGCAGAGAGAUGUCGAGGGCGUUCAGCGCCUUUUAGACGAGGGUAGUGACCCGAAUGCUCACGAGGACUCUGCAUCGACGGCCUUGAUCUCUGCAGCAGAAGCAAAGAAUUUUGAAAUUGUAGAGCUACUUCUCGAGUACGGAGCAGAUCCGAACGGGCAGCAGGAAUCUGGAUCAAUGUCGACAGCGCUGCAUCAAGCAGCUCAAGAUGGUCAAGAGAAACUGGUGCGAUUGCUGCUCGAACACUGGGCUGAUCCAAAUAUCAAGGAUAGUACUGGAUCGACUCCGCUUCACAUUGCAGCGAAGGGCAAGAGCGCGCUUGUUGUAAGGCUUCUGAUUGAAUCUGGGGCAGAUCUAGAAGCAAGAGACAGUAAAGAAAGAACGCCGCGAUUCUACCCAUCUCAGGUUGAUAUAGCACGGUGGCUCAAUGGAAAAGAAGUUUCUGUCUCUCGGGAGGCACAAGAAACCCCAAUAUUUCCUAUCAACAUCAAUGGCAUCUCAUUAGACCCAACUACACCAGCCAUUGAAUUAAGCACGACUGACUAUGUGCUUAUCCAGAGCUGGGCUCGUCUCAGUAAGUCGGAGUGGAAGGAGCUUGAUAAAAUCGGGGCUCAGCAUCCCGAUUAUGUAUCAAAGAACACAUAUCUGUGCCAAUAUCAAGAUCGCAACCUAGAUAGGCUUCGCAAGCUGGAGCCUGUGGAAUUUGUCGAUGUUUACCCGAUGCAUGUCAAGAUCGCCCAGAGCUUCAGAACUGGACCCAGGAAAGAAAGUUAUAAAGUCGAUCUUGUUUUCCAUGAAGGGGUGGACUCGCAAACCCAAGCACUUCAGCAGGAGAUACAGGAGAGGUCACAAUGCAGAGAUAUGGAUAUCGAAUUUCUUGCCCACAAAGCUCGACUGACAGUGCAAGCUUCCUUUCUUGAGGCGUUGGCAUCUAUCGACCAGGUGCGUUGCAUCGAAGAAGUGGGCGAGGUAGUGGCGUUCAACGAUAUUGCCCGUCAGAUAUUGAAUAUUGACAACAGGAAACAUCCUUCAUCUACGCAUGGCCAUGCGACUCCCUACGACGGGAGAGGACAUGUCGUUGCCGUCGCGGAUACAGGACUUGACCAAGGGCAAAAUGCACCACUUCACCAAGCGUUUGAUCAGAGCAGAAUCCUCUGGUUGCCCCUUCACGGAAACACGGAGGACAGCACCGGCCAUGGCACUCACGUCUGUGCCUCAAUCGUUGGUGACGGCAUGCUCUCAAAUGGGCGCCGAAUUAUGGGCACGGCACCACGAGCAGGUCUGAUUGUGCAAAGCAUCUGGAAUACAAAAAAAUUGCCUGAAGCCGGCUUAGACCUUCCCAGCAAUCUGGCACAGAUCUUCGUUGCACCGUAUCAGGCAGGGGUCCGGAUACAUUCAAAUUCUUGGGGAACACCUUACUGCAAACAGGAUGCACAAGGUAACACUGUCAGAAAGCAAGAGCCCUAUAACCUCAGAUCGGCAGAGAUUGACAAAUUUGUUGACGAUAAUCCAGAAACCGUUAUUUGCUUCGCGGCUGGGAACGAUGGGUGUGAGCCAAUUUCCAACCCAGAUAUAGGCCACAUUGGUGCUGAAGCAGCAGCGAAGAAUUGUAUAACAGUCGGAGCCAGCGAAAGCUCACGGGAAGCGAGGAGUAGCGAAGACAUGGCUAGCUUCAGCAGCCAUGGGCCUGCACAGAGUGGGCACGCAAGGGGUAGUCGAGCAAAGCCUGACGUUGUGGCACCCGGCACGUCGAUCCUCUCCGCAGCUUCAAAAGCCCCUUCUGCAAUUGCACAUCUCGCGAAGCAGGGCACUCAACUCCACCAGACUGAUCAGAGCUGGUGUUAUAGGAAUGGUACCAGCAUGGCCACCCCGUUCGUGGCAGGCUGCGCGGUCGCCUUGCGUCAAGCCCUUCUCGAUAACCCACCCAAUGGUACACCAAUACCCACUCCAACCGCAGCGCUCGUCAAAGCUCUACUCGUAAAUGGUGCAAAAAUCUUGAAAUAUGGUGCACCCAAUUUUGUGCCCAGCGAUCACUCGGGUUUCGGCCGUGUUGACAUGGCCGCCACGCUCAGUGUCGUCCAUAAAGAACCAGAAACAGGGUUUCGCGAGGCUCAAGUUAGCGAUAGCAACCCUCUUUGGGAAGAGGAAAUCGACAUCGCGCGCCAAAACACAACCCUCAAAGCAACUCUUGUAUGGACAGAUCCGCCUGGUGAGAUGAUCAAGAACAGCUUGCAAUUGGUGACGGGACCAUCUAAGCGUGGUUCAACUAGAAACAAUGUCCAGCAGAUCGUAUGGAAGGAUGUGCCUCAAGGGAAACUGAUGCUCAAGGUACACGUUAUUGGGAAGACGCUUUUCAGGUCCCCCCAACGGUUUGCCAUAGUUUGGAGAGUCUCCUAA